AUGUCGAUGCUUUCGCCCGAGAAGCUCAAUGCGAGCUCCAACUCUAUUCACACGGACGAUGAUUUCGACAUGACUUUCCACGACCCGCCCUCGUCGCCUUUUGUGUCGCAUAUCGAGAUUAACGACCAAGAAAACAUUGCGCCAGGCGAAAUGGCUACACCCUCGAAAUCUCUGCUCGACUUUGACGAUGUCCCGCAAUCAGCGUUCAAGGUCUCUCCCGAGAAGAAAUCCGGGCUCAAGGAGCGCGCCAGCCCGAUGAAGACAUCGCCAGUAAAGAAUCUGAUGGGCGACUUUGAGGACGCCGCGAGAGAGGAGUCUACCAGUGGCCGAUCCAGCCCCAGGAAGAGCUCGCCCGGCAAGAAACUAUCCAUGGAACGUUCCGAGUCCGCCAUGAGCAGCCGAUCUCGCAAGAGCCAGUCGCCCUCGAAGUUAUCUCGCACCCCCUCAGCUGAACCGAUCCACCGCGCGCCUACAUUCGAAACAGAUGCCGAAGUACUACCAACCCCAUCGAGCCGGGCGAGUUCGUCACACAGGGAGCCUGUGCUCCGGGAGAACGAGGGCUUGACUGUCGCCAUGAAGUUCAUGGAGGAGAUGCGCACAGAGAGACAGGAGACUUUGGUUCGACAGAGAUCGUACGAAGACAAGUACGACAUCGACCUGGACAUCGAUAACACCGAGUUCAACCCUGACGGUCCAAGCCUUACCUCGGCCGACGUGGACGACACCAGCUUCAGCAUGUUCUCAGAGAUGCCUGGCAUCGACAUGACCAAGUUUGCCUUUCUACAAAAGAGCCCGACCAAGGACGGAUUCUUGGACCCAGAUCUUCGCUCUUUCUACCAAAAUCAGCGAUCGCCCGCAAAGGGUGGAUCAUAUGUACCCUCUACUCCAAGUCAGAGCCGUCAGAUGCUGAACUUGCUGGACUUUGAGCUGCCACCUCCACCUACGCCACGGUCUCUACCUACCGUCACUAUCAGGGAGUUGGAGUCUGCGAAGUCGCAAUUCCAAUCACAAAUCUCCUCGCUCAGCGCCAGUCUGUCUGGCAAGGAAGCCGAGGUAGAUUCACUGGCGAAGGCAGUGGCAGACGCCGAACGUCGCGUGGGCGAAGCACAGGAAGCAGUCCGCGAGGAAAGCUCAGCACGUGAGUACGCCGAAGCUCAGAUGAUAGACUGGAAGAAGAAGGGUGAGGAGGUGCAGAAUCUUUUGCAAGACGUACAAGCAGAGCUUGCACGUAACGACUCAGAGCGCGAGCAGCUUCUCCAACGAUUAGCCGAAGCAGAGAAGCGUGCAGAUGACGCUGAAAACCGUUCGACAGAGCUUGAAACGAAGGUGAUCGAGGCCGAGAGCAAGAACGUCGACAUGACCACCUUCAUCAAUAACGAUGAUGGGGAGGAAAACAAGAAGAUCUACUCAGAAUUGGAAUGUCAGACAGCAAUCGCUGAGAAGGUCAAUGAGGUUGCCCGGGACCUGCACUCCGCCUACAAAGCCAAGCACGAGAAGAAGAUCAAGGCACUUAAGGACAACUACCAGAAGAAGGCCGACGAGCGGUGCAAAGAGCUGCGCCUCCAGAUCAUCCGUCUCGAGCGCCAAGUUGAAGAAGCAGAAAAGAAGCGGGACGACACUUUCAGCAAAGUACUUCCAGCGGGCGUGCAGCCCAAAGCAGACGAUCCCUCAACCUCCGUCUCCAACUCCGUCGAUCUUCAAAAACUCGAGGCCCAACGUGCAGAAAUCGAAAACCUCAAAGCCAAGCUCGCAGGCCUCCAGUCCGAGCUCCAAUCCCUCCGCAAAUCCAACGACUCGCUCCUCGUCGACCUCGAAGCCGAGCGCGUCGAAAAGGGCGAGCUCGUCGCCGCCGCAGAACAAAUGCUCUCCAUGUGCGGCCAGCAAAUGGAGGAAAUGCAACAGGACGAACUCCGCCGCUCGCAAUCAGGCAGUGCGCCGCCGUCCGCUCCGCCAAAGCAAAAAGCGCCUGCUGAAAACGCUAUGCGCAACACAGGCUUCCUCGCUGGCGGUCCGGCUCCUCCGCGUCCAGGCUCUUCGCUUGCUGCUGGCCGUCCCGGCAGUGCGUUGGGAGAUCGCUCAACGGGCAUUGCGAAGCCAUCGGGUCUCAGGGCGCCAGGCGGGUUUGGCUUUCAGAGCGGCAAUGCGGGCUUGAAUCGGAGUGCGAGUGGGGGUAAGAGUAGGCUGUUGAGCAAUAUCGAGCGCAUGGGUGGAGGCAAGGGCCAGGAGUAG